AUGCUUCUCAGAGUGGACCAAAGCAGUGGCAGCUUUACGCUCUCCGGGUCAAAUCCACCACUGGCUGAUUUGAUUAUCCGGGAAGCAGAGAUCGUGUUGGCUACUAGCACCACUAUAUUGGAUCCUUCUGAUCUACGCUACUCUUCAUCGGCGGCGGAUGCUGUUCUGGCAAAAAAGCACCAUGAGCCGGAGCACGGGCAAACAAUUCAUCAACCCCUAGAUUCGCAACAUAAACAAUCCUGGCACGAACGAAGCAGAGAGCUUCUCCAGAUUCGCCACACACAUACGCCUCGUCCUCAUCACUGUCAAGUCUCAAUUUGGCCCCGGCUGCCUGCAAUUUGCAUCCCCUUGAUUUCACUUUCGCUGCAGCAUAUACACAUAGCAGACAGCCACCGGCACGGCACACCACACCACACUCACGCCGCCACCAACCCCCGCCCCCCACUCUGUAUAGAUCUCUCCUCCCCCCGUCCCGCACCAACCCACCCAAAACCCUCUCCCCACGAUGGCCUCUCCCCCGCCGCCGCCGCCGCCGCCGCCACCCCCAACUCCAUGCUCCUCCACCGCCCGAGCCCCAAGGCGGGCCCCUCCGCCCGCGUCCCGGCGCGCGCCGCCAGGAUCCGCUGCCAGGCCGUCGCGGCGCCCGCCGCCCCCUCCCCCCUCGCCGCCGCGGGCGAGCGCGGCGUCUACAACUUCGCGGCGGGCCCGGCCACGCUGCCCCUCUCCGUCCUCCAGAGGGCGCAGGCGGAGCUGGUCGACUACCGCGGCUCCGGCAUGAGCAUCAUGGAGAUGAGCCACCGGGGCAAGGAGUUCGACGCCGCCAUCAAGAAGGCCGAGGCGGACCUGCGCGCGCUCCUCGCCGUCCCCGACACCCACGAGGUGCUCUUCCUGCAGGGCGGCGCCACCACGCAGUUCGCCGCCGCGCCGCUCAACCUCUGCGCCUCCCCCGCGGACCCCGCCGACUUCGUCGUCUCCGGCUCCUGGAGCGACAAGGCCUUCAAGGAGGCGAAAAAGUACUCGGCCGCCUCCGUCGCGUGGUCCGGCAAGGCCGCCAAGUACACCUCCCUCCCGGCGGACUUCGGGGCCAUGUCGCAGAACCCCGAGGCCCGCUUCCUCCACAUCUGCUCCAACGAGACCAUCCACGGCGUCGAGUUCAAGGACUACCCGGAGCCGAGGAACGAGGCGGGCCUCCUCGUCGCCGACAUGUCCUCCAACUUCUGCUCCAAGCCCGUCGACGUCUCCCGGUUCGGCCUCAUCUACGCCGGCGCGCAGAAGAACGUCGGCCCGUCGGGCGUCACCAUCGCCAUCGUCCGCAAGGACCUCGUCGGCAGUGCGCAGCCGAUCACGCCGGUGAUGCUCGACUACAAGACCCACGCCGACAACGCCUCGCUCUACAACACCCCGCCCUGCUUCGCCAUCUACAUCUGCGGGCUCGUCUUCGAGGACCUGCUCGCCCAGGGCGGCCUCGCCGAGGUGGAGAAGAAGAACCAGCACAAGGCCGGCAUCCUGUACGACACCAUCGACGCCAGCGCCGGCUACUUCGUCUGCCCCGUGGACAAGCCGGUGCGGUCGCUCAUGAACGUGCCAUUCACGCUGGCCAAGGGGGCCGACUCUGAGAAGCAGUUCAUCGCCGAGGCGGCCAAGGAGGGCAUGCUGCAGCUCAAGGGGCACAGGUCGGUCGGCGGCGUCCGCGCCUCCAUCUACAACGCCAUGCCGCUCUCCGGCGUGGAGAAGCUCGUCGCCUUCAUGAAGGACUUCCAAGCGAGGAACCCUUGAUCGGCCCGUCGCCGCCAUGAUCCUUCCUCUGGUAUUGCUCGCUCUAGUAGGAUGGGCUGUUGUUUAUCAUAUAUCAUAACAUAAGUAGGCUGCAAGAUGUGCACCGUCGCUCAUAUGAGAUUUGCUAUCCACCUGUAGUAUUAGUUAUGGUAACCAUUUCGCAAUGCUGCUGCAUUUUCACCGCGUUUGCGGGACUCUUCUCCAUUUGCUCGCUUUUGAGAUUGGAACAUGUUGUAUUGGGGAAUAAAGGUCGAUUGGUGUCUUCAGAUUA